UCCCUUAUGAUCGCUUGGCAGCUCAGAGACAAACGAGUGUUGGUCGUGGGCGGCGGUGAUGUUGCGUCAGGGCGCAUCGGGCACGUACUCGCAGCCGGGGCAGAGGUCACGGUGGUGUCGCCCCGCGCGGGCCUCCAUCCCGCGACGAAGCAGCACAUCGACGCGUCCGACCGCAUCACGUACCACGACCGCACCUUCGUCGCGGCAGACCUGGACGGGGCGGACAUGGUCCUCACCGCCAUCGACGACGUCGCCGUCUCGCGCGCGAUCGCGGCCCAGUGCCGGGCGCUGCGCAUCCCCGUGAACGUGGCCGACGACCCGCCCUGCUGCGAUUUCUACUUCGGCUCGCAGAUCCGCCAGGGCCCGUUGCAGAUCAUGAUCUCCACGAACGGGCGGGGUCCGAAGCUGGCGAAUAUCAUACGGCGCAGGAUCGAGGAGAGCCUGCCGCGGGGGGCCGGAGAGGCCAUUGAGAAGGUGGGGCGGCUGAGGGAGAAGCUCAAGGAGCGUGCGCCCGGCGUGGGCGGUGACGUGAGCAGGCGGCGCAUGAGGUGGAUGGUCGACCUGUGCACCGCGUGGGAGAUGGACGAGCUGGCGCUCUUGAGCGAGGAGCAGAUGGAGAGGAUGCUCGACGAGGGCUGGGAAAAAGACUCUGUGCUCAGCCCAGAGGCGCUGGGAGUGGGGUCGUGAGAUUCGGAGAUAUGUGUAUCGUUAUUAUUCUCAGGCGACAUGCGCACGACGGCAGCAGGUAAGCCUCGAGCAAGUCUGGUCCCAUGAUGCGUCGGUGCUUCUUGCCUCGCGCGAAGCGCAUGAAUGAUUGUCUUUUUAGCGCUUCCGUAGAUGAUGUACAAAGGGUGUCGUCUCCGUGAUGUAUUCCGCACUUGUUGACUGCC